CGGGUCGCGCGUGCGCAGUGGUGUGUGUUGGUGACGACCCCCGCGGCCGUGGGUGCCGAGGUGUGACCGCUGCACAGAAUGGCCCAUUUCUCCAGCGAGGAUGAGGGGAUGCUGCAGGCGAUGCUCCGGCAGCUGUUCCAGAGCGUGAAGGAGAAAAUCACCGGCGCUCCCUCCUUGGAGUGCGCAGAGGAGAUCCUCUUGCGGCUGGAGGAAACUGACGAAAAUUUCCACAACUAUGAAUUUGUGAAAUACCUUAGACAGCACAUAUGUAACACAUUGGGGUCUAUGAUUGAAGAAGAAAUGGAAAAGUGCACAUCUGAUCAGAAUCAGGGUGAGGAAUCUGGUUAUGACACUGUGGUACAGCAUGUUACCAAGAGAACCCAGGAGUCGAAAGAGUAUAAGGACAUGAUGCACUCCCUGAAGACCAUCAUGAUGGUGGUGGUGGAGUCAAUGAUCAACAAGUUUGAAGACGAUGAGACGCGGAGUGAGGACAGACAGAGGAAGAUGGAGAAGGACACGAGCGGCAGCUGCUGUACGGACAAUUGCUCCGACAGUGACUCCUCCUUCAACCAGAGUUACAAAUUCUGUCAAGGAAAACUACAGCUGAUUUUAGAUCAGUUGGAUCCUGGGCAACCUAAAGAGGUGAGAUAUGAAGCUUUGCAAACACUAUGCUCAGCUCCACCAUCUGAUGUCCUCAACUGUGAAAACUGGACCACUCUCUGUGAAAAACUGACCUCGUCUCUGUCCGAUCCAGAUCCUACAUUCACUGACCGGAUUCUAAAGUUCUAUGCACAGACUUUUACACUCUCGCCGUUACACAUGACCAAGGAAAUUUAUACAAGCUUAGCUAAAUAUCUGGAGUUAUACUUUCUUUCUAGAGAAAAUCACAUUCCCACUCUUUCAACUGGAGUAGAUAUAACCAGUCCGAAUGUGACCCGUUUACUGAAAAAGGUUCGCCUUCUGAAUGAAUAUCAGAAAGAGGUUCCAUCUUUUUGGAUUCGUCAUCCAGAGAAGUAUAUGGAGGAAAUUGUGGAGAGUACUUUGUCCCUGCUAUCAGUCAAACAUGAUCAAAGCCAUCUUGUCUCACAGAAGAUUUUGGAUCCCAUCUAUUUUUUUGCAUUAGUUGAUACUAAAGCUGUGUGGUUCAAGAAAUGGAUGCAUGCAUAUUACAGCAGAACUGCAGUCCUAAGACUACUUGAAAAGAAAUAUAAAUCUCUGAUAACUACGGCAGUUCAACAGUGUGUUCAGUACUUGGAAUUGUGUGAGGCUAUGAAAGCUGAUGAAAUUUUGGGACAUUCAAAGCAUUGUGGAAACAAGCAAAAAAAUUUCUACUACUCAGGACAAGAACUACAAUAUAUUUAUUUCAUUCACUCACUGUGCCUUUUAGGAAGAUUGUUGAUCUAUACACAAGGCAGAAAAUUAUUUCCCAUAAAGCUGAAGAAUAGAAAAGAUUCAGUAUCUCUCACAAAUCUGCUGGUUUUGUUUACUCAACUCAUCUACUAUUCACCAAGUUGUCCAAAGAUGACAUCAGUUGCGUAUUCAGAGAACUAUUCUCCUGCAAGCAUGGUGACUGACGUCCUGCGGAUCCUCUGCGACCAGAAAGAAUGUGCCAUUGAGUGCUUAUACAACAGCACUGUGACAGAGACCCUUCUCCAGCCCAUUCACAACCUGAUGAAAGGAACUGUGGCUGCUCCAGACUGCUCCGAAACAGCUUUAAUUCACAUAGCUGAUAUUUUGGCAAGAAUUGCUUCUGUAGAAGAAGGACUUAUUUUACUUCUUUAUGGAGAAAAUAUGAACUCUUCCGAAGAAGAGAGUCCUACAGGUGCGCAUAUCAUAGCCAAGUUUUCAAAGAAACUUCUUGAUGAAGAUAUUUCUAUUUUUUCUGGAUCGGAAAUGUUGCCUUUAGUUAAAGGAGCUUUUAUUUCUGUGUGUCGUCAAAUAUAUGGCACAUGUGAAGGCUUACAGGUGUUGCUUCCUUAUGGUUUACACGAAUCCAUAGCAAAGGCAUGGAAGAAGACAAGCUUGCUAUCGGAAAGGAUCCCCACUCCAGUAGAGGGCUCUGACUCGGUUUCCUCAGUGAGCCAGGAGUCUCCCAACAUUGUGGCUUGGGAAGACAAUUUGCUAGAUGAUUUACUCAGUUUUGCUGCCACUCCCAAAGGAUUGCUACUUCUUCAGAGAACAGGUGCCAUCAAUGAAUGUGUGACGUUUAUGUUCAACCAAUAUGCAAAAAAACUCCAGAUAAACAGGCAGAAGAAGUUUGACCAUGAAGUUUUGGUUGUACAGGUGGCAUCCACAGCAGCAGGGGCAGUAGCGCUACAAAAUUCAGGCUUCAUUAGUGCACUUAUAACUGAGUUAUGGUCCAAUCUUGAAUGUGGAAGAGAUGAUGUAAGGGUAACGCAUCCUAGAGCAACUCCAGUGGAUCCUAUUGACCGAAGCUGUCAAAAGUCUUUCCUAGCACUGGUGAACCUGCUGUCUUACCCUGCUGUGUAUGAGCUAACAGGCAAUCAAGAACUUCCCAAUAAAGCUGAAUAUUCUCUCCGGGAAGUUCCAACAUGUAUUAUUGAUAUAAUCGAUAGGCUAAUCAUUUUGAACUCUGAAGCUAAGAUUCGUUCUUUACUGAAUUAUGAACAAUCACACAUCUUUGGUCUAAGGUUAUUAAGUGUGGUGUGCUGUGAUCUGGAUGCUCUUCUCUUACUGGAGGCUCAGUAUCAAGUAUCCAACAUGUUACUACAUGCUCAGGAAGAAAAUACCUUUGAGAUCUCCGAGAACCACAGGGACUUUAUAAUUGAUGGCUUAUCAGUAGAGAGAAAUCAUGUUCUUGUAAGGAUUAAUCUCAUUGGUGGGCCCUUAGAGCGGAUUUUGCCUCCAAGGAUGCUUGAGAAGGGGGAUGACCCGUAUCCUUGGCCGAUGUUCUCGUCAUUUCCAUUGCCACACUGCUAUCUGCCAGAAGUCCCACGAAGUGCUGACGUAAAACAAGACAGUGAUAUCGGAAAGCUGUUAUCAUGCUUCAAAAUGUCUGAUAAGCAAACGGAGUGGAUAGAAAACUGCCGAAGACAGUUUUGUAAAACGAUGAAGUCCAAGCCUGAUGCAGUCAGUGGAGGUGCUUUAGGAGAACUACUUGAAAAAUUUGUGCUUCAUCUCACCGAAAAUCCCUCUGAGUGCUACUUCCCUUCCGUGGAAUAUACAGCUACUGAUGCAAAUGUGAAGAAUGAAAGUCUCUCAUCUGUGCAGCAGCUUGGCAUUAAAAUGACUGUCAGGUAUGGUAAGUUCCUCAACUUGUUAAAAGAUGGUGCGGAAAGUGACCUUGCCUUGGUCUUAAAGCACUGUGAGAGAUUCCUGAAACAACAGCAGUCACCGGUAACUUCUUCUCUUCUGUGCCUGCAAGGGAACUACACAGGCCAUGACUGGUUCGUGUCUUCUCUGUUCAUCAUCAUGCAAGGGGAUAAAGAGAAGACACUCCAUUUUCUUCAGCAUUUCUCCAGGCUUCUGACCUCUGCUUUCCUUUGGGUGCCAAGGCUGCAUAUUUCUAGGUACCUUCCCGUCGACACCGUUGAGACUGGCAUCCAUCCCGUCUAUUUCUGCAGCACUCACUACAUUGAAAUGCUGCUGAAGGCCGAGGUGCCCCUUGUGUUUUCAGCUUUCCACAUGUCUGGCUUUGCGCCAUCACAGAUUUGCCUACAAUGGAUAACUCAGUGUUUUUGGAAUUACUUGGAUUGGAUAGAAAUAUGCCAUUAUAUUGCUACUUGUGUUGUCCUUGGUCCUGAUUAUCAAGUGUAUGUCUGCAUAGCUGUUCUCAAACAUCUGCAGCGAGACAUUCUCCAGCACACCCAGACUCAAGAUCUACAAGUAUUUCUCAAAGAAGAAGCACUACGGGGGUUUCGAGUGAGCAACUAUUUUGAAUACAUGGAGAUUUUGGAGCAAAACUACCGGCCAGUGGUGCUGAGAGACAUGCGUAGCAUUAGAGUGCAGAACACUUAGACCACGAGGGGCACUCUAAAGUUACGUUUUAUUCCUCGUUAAAGGCGACAAGGCGACUUGAUUGUGUUCUGUCCACAUCGGUAGCGUGCUUUGUGUGUCCAUGCAUUGUACAUGAGUACUGAGAGGUUUUGAACAGAAUAUAUUCAUGUUGCUGUUUGCUCA